AUGGAUUUUAUAACAACAAGCAGCAACGGGAGCAACGCGACCGGCGGGUCCCCUCACGGGAUGGACGUGGUGGCGGACUGGGACGAGGGUGAGAAUGGCACCGGGUUCGGAUCUCUGCCUGACCUGGACCUGAGUUACCAGAUUAUCACCUCCCUGCUCCUGGGGUCCCUCAUCCUCUGCUCCAUAUUUGGCAAUGCGUGCGUCGUGGCAGCCAUCUACCUGGAGAGAUCGCUCCAGAAUGUGGCCAACUAUCUGAUCGGGUCCCUGGCCGUGACAGACCUAAUGGUGUCGGUUCUGGUUCUGCCUAUGGCAGCCCUCUAUCAGGUUUUGAACAAAUGGACACUAGGACAGGAUAUCUGUGAUUUAUUCAUCUCACUGGAUGUACUGUGCUGCACAUCAUCCAUCCUGCAUCUGUGCGCAAUUGCCUUGGACAGGUUCUGGGCCAUAACUGACCCCAUUGACUAUGUAAACAAGCGGACACCGAGGCGAGCUGCGCUCUUGAUUAGUGUGACUUGGUUAGUUGGUUUCUCCAUCUCUAUUCCGCCUAUGUUAGGCUGGAGAAGUGCCGCAGACAGAGCAACCCCUGACGCCUGCAUCAUCAGCCAGGACCCGGGCUACACCAUCUAUUCCACGUUCGGGGCUUUUUACAUCCCCCUUAUCCUCAUGUUGGUCCUGUACGGGCGAAUAUUCAAAGCUGCCCGGUUUCGAAUUCGAAAGACGGUCAAGAAACCUGAGAAAACUAAAGACAAGUGCUUAACCGUGUCCCCGGCGAUCUUCCACAAGAGAACCAACGGGGAGGCCGGGGGAAAGGGCUGGAAGCGAGGCGACGAGUCCAAAACCAGCUCUCCGUGCGUAAACGGCGCAGUGAAGCACGGGGAGGAGGGCGAGUCACUGGAGAUCAUAGAAGUUCUGAGCAACUCCAAGACGCACCUGCCUCUGCCCAACACCCCGCAGUCCUCGCAGGGCUACGAGCACAUGAACGAGAAGAACUCGGGGGCGAAGAGGAAGAUCGCGCUGGCCCGGGAGCGCAAGACGGUGAAGACGCUGGGGAUCAUCAUGGGGACGUUCAUCUUCUGCUGGCUGCCUUUCUUCAUCGUAGCGCUGGUGCUGCCUUUCUGCGCGGAGAGCUGCUACAUGCCCGAGUGGCUGGGCGCAGUCAUCAACUGGCUGGGCUACUCGAACUCUCUCCUCAACCCCAUCAUAUAUGCCUACUUCAACAAAGACUUCCAAAAUGCUUUCAAGAAGAUUAUCAAAUGCAAAUUCCACAGACCAUGA